AUGGGGCGUCUCUUUCUUGCAUGUGCCUCAUUCCUCCUCCUCCUCAUGGCUGUUUUCUCCGCCCGAACACCAACCGGCCAGCCUCCUCAGAUACAGUCACCAGCUUCUCAGGGACCAAGUCCACAGCCACCCUCUCCUAUCGGUGGAGGUGAGGGUGGAGGUGGAGGUGGAGGUGGUGGUGGCGGUUCUGAUGGUGGGAGUGGUUCUGGCUUUGGGUUUGGCAGUGGUAGGGGAUCUGGUCCAGGAGGUCAUAGUGGAGGUGGUGGUGGCGGCGGCGGUGGUGGAGGUGGAAAAGGGAGUGGAAGUAGCGGAUCUGGUUUUGGUUAUGGAAGUGGCUUCGGGAAUAGCGGUGGGGGUGAUGGAGGUAGGGGCGGCAUUGGCUGGGGAGGCAUUCCUUAA